GGGACAAGAUAAUGGAAAACUUUAAAAGCAACCUAUUCCAACUCUAAGCAUCAGUUGUCUCUCCUCAUCGUCAUCACUGUUACUACUUCUUUGUCAAUAUGGAAAAAAGGCCUCUCUAUCACUGGGUUGAUUCCUCCACCACUGAUGGAAAGCUUCCUACCACGGCGUUCCAAAUGGGUGUCGAUCACCACGGCCAUGCUAUUUACGUAGGAAGAACACACUUUGACAAUGAAUUGACUCCAGUCCACGUCGUUCCAGGCCACAAAAAAGCCUAUGUGGCUUACCAGGGCAAAGAACAUCCCGUGGAGAAAUAUCAACUUUUGUGCAUGAACUUUUUCAAAUGGGUGCCAGACCAUGACGGCAAAGUACCCGAAGGAGCGGUAGAAGCUGGUAAAAAUAAGGACAAUUCGCCGUUGUAUGUAGGAAGAGUGUUCCACGAAGGGUCCUGGAUUAUCGGAAAGAUACAUCCGCAGUUUAAAGUUUGCUGCUAUCCUCACGACGGUAAAGAACUGACGACGAAGUCUUACGAGGCCCUGGUCUGUGUGGUAUGAAUAUGGGAAUUAUAUAGUGGUUUAUGUAGCUGAUAUACGCAAGUGUCAAUAUUUUUUACACAAAUAAAUAAUUUCAAAAAUA